GCAGGUGUCAGCAGAACACACCCGGAGCUCACAGCACAGGUAUGCAGACGCGUCCCUUCUGUAUUUCUAACCUUUUAAACUGCACCGCGCUCGGAUUGUGCGUCUGUGGCUGUGAGGGUUCAGUAUUGCGGCUGAAGUCCUCUUGGUGACGCUCUGCUGACAUCACUUUGAUAUUCCCCCACUCAGCUCUCCGCAUCAGACACACGGAGCUCCAGCACUCUCACACACACUCCGUCCACACUUUGUUUCCAUUUCGCUCCGCUCGCCUUGUACAAGACGCACCGGCACAAAAACACAGCCACCGGCUGCCUGCGCACUGCGGCCGGUCCACGUGGGGAGGGCUCUGACUCUUCCUGUCAUUAACAGAAUUAAAGCAAAGGACAGAGAAACUAAUCACGGUCCAGACUGAGGAGAGGCACUCUCAGAGCGGCAGGAGGAGAGAGAAGCUGUAACUUGGCUGCUUUCAGCGCAGGCGGUCUGAACUGAGCUCGAAGUUUCUUGGCUGAUCGGAGAAGGAAUAAUUUGGAGCCCGGCUGAAACGCACGGCGCUGUUGUGGAUAUUACGUCCACCUUAUCUCCUGUGUAUAAGAAUGGCGAGAGAUUACGCAGCGCGCUGCCCGGUGUAUCCGAUGAGAAACGCUUGGCUGGUGGCAGUAGCGGUCCUACUUGCAGCCCAAGAAAUUGGGGCUCCAAAAGUGCAAGUUGCGGAGGAGCUGGAGGCGUAUCCCACAGAGUCUGUUGAGCUCAGCUGCCAAUUUAACGAUGGAGGCGGUCUGACCAAGCUCACACAGGUGUCCUGGAUAUGGGAACCCUCUGACGGGCACAGGGACAACAUUGCUGUGUACCACCCGGUGUAUGGACAGAGUUUCCCUAAUGUGGCCUUCAAGGACCGCGUUGUGUUCCUUCACAACAGUCUGGAGAACCCAUCCAUCAGGAUUUCUAACCUGAGAAUGUCCGAUGCCGGUCGCUAUACCUGCGAGUACGCCACCUAUCCUACUGGAAAUGAACAAGGGACAACCACCCUCAUCAUGCUUUCCAAGCCCAAGAAUUCGGCCAAUGGUGUGACUGUCCAAGCUGGCACCAAGUCGGUGGUGGUAGCCCGGUGUGAGGCAGCGGACGCCAAACCAGCAGCCACGAUCGAGUGGUUGGCGCCAGUGGGAGGCAAUCAUUCGACCAGCACCACGAGCGGGCCAGACGGCACAGUGACGGUACGCAGCGAGUAUCGGCUGGUCCCUACACCGGCAGACAACGGCAGGGAAGUGAUCUGCAGAGUCAACCAGAAGACACAGAAGCAGCCUUGGGUUUACCCUAUCAAGCUAUCUGUGGAGUAUCUACCCUCUGUGUCCAUUGAGGGAUACGACCACAACUGGUAUGUUGGCCGUUCUGAUGCCACGCUGGUCUGCCUGGCUAACGCCAACCCCGAGCCCACAACAAUCACCUGGACUGCGGCUUCUGGUCCUUUGCCAGAAACAGUGGUGGUGGAGGGCAACAAGCUGACAGUGAGGAAGGUGGAUGAUGCUGUCAACACCACCUUCAUCUGUGAGGUCAAGAAUCGGCUCGGGUCCAGCAGGAACCAAAUCACCACUGUUGUCAUUGAAGCCUUGGAGGAUCCAUCCAGUGCCGGUGUAGUGGCAGGCGCAGUGAUCGGCUCCCUUCUGGCUCUGCUAUUGGUUGUUGCGCUCAUUGCCGUCCUCCUGACCCGCAGCCGCCGGCAGCAGAGGCGCGGGUACCCCAGCAGUGGGGACUCCAUUGCAACAGGCAGCGGUGGAAGCAAUGGCGGAGACUAUGGCAACAAAGCCCGUCUGCUCUUCAGCAACUCCGGUAACAACAGCAGCAAGAAUGGGACUGGCACAAACAACAACGGGCCCAUCUACACGUAUCGGGAGGGCUGCGAUGCCACGGGAACUCUAACAGAAAAGGCCAACGACUACCACCAUCAUCAUCUCCACCACGCCUCAACCGGCAACGCUCCUACUGCCCAUGACAUCCUUCUUAGCAGUGAGAUGGAUGAAGCUGAGAGGAGGAAGUUUGACCUCGAUGACAGCAUGGAGGAAGAAGAGGAGCGAUACGACAGAUUUGGAGGAGCGGGCGGAGGCGGAAACAUUCUGCCUCCAGCCUAUCACGUCCACCGAGGCCACGCUGGCGAAGAAAUGGAUGUGUACCUGGACGACGACAUGGAGUCUCAGAGAGACGGCUCUGUUAUUUCCCGGACUGCCAUUUACGUCUGAGGAAGAAGGGGACGGAUGGAAACGGCAAAGGCUGAAGAUAAGGAAAGGAGAUGUAGUGGAGGAAGUGGUGCAUCCGAGCCAGCCCCUUUCACCUCUAAACAAAUCAGCAUCACCUCCAUUAGCUAGACACCUGCCUGCUUAUCAUUCAACCUGAUUAAAGAUCUGCCAUCAGUUAUAUCCUCUCAGCCUGACAGUGACCGUAUACUUUGAUGAAAGGUGGAUUUAGCGAAAAAUAAUAAAAAGUUGUUGUUAGGCUGAUAAAGGAGGACUUGCAGUGGAAAUAGUGCACUGUGGCUGAAUAUGUGACUGUGUUUAACUGUGUCAUGGAGAAGAUUGGAUUCAGUGUCACGGGAAUAAAAAAAUACUGCCAAGAGCAAAAAAAGCUACAGUAACUCUGACGCAAUGCUGCUUAUUGCUACGUUCUUGUUUCUUCAGCUUUGCUGUGUGAUUAUGUGCUGAGUGACUAAACUGUUUGUAUUUUAUACCUUACCAGAAAAUGUAAUCAGCAAAAUCUGAAGCACCAUAAUCACUUAAGAAAAAAUCACCACUAUCCAAAACUCGCCUUUCUGCUUCAAAAGAAAAUAAAAAUCGUCAUCACGUUGAACUCUGUGUUAAACUGUCCGAAAGGCUUCUGUGGAUCUUGCUGACGCGAUGAAGAUGCCAGCUCUUCUGACUUCACUCGAGGCAUUUCGAAACUUGAAAAGGCCAAACUUGUUUCUGUUAAUCCCAGAGACGACUUUGUUUGGGCUUACUGUGACUCCGGGUUCCCGCUGCACCCCGCGACACCACAUGGUUUCCUGAUGGGUGCCGCUGAAGCGAGAGCCACCAAACUGAGUAACAUAACAGACUUAACAGUAUGUGCUAAUGUGUGGCUGGCUGUGGUGUUAAUGAUGUGCAUCAUCUAUAUAUUGGGCGCCGUCUCACGAUAGCACAGUUGUUGUUAUUGUUGUUGUUGUUGUUCUAGUUGUUGUUGUUACUGUUGUGUAAUGGUGUUGAUCUCGCUAAGGAAAAGAUGCACCGACACACUCGGGGGUUUCACACAGUUCCACAUUGGAUCGGUAAUGACUCAUUUAAUGAAUUUAAAAAAGAUUAUUUGUUUCCGACUCAACUUUUUCCCUUUCCAGUUUUGUUUUCUCCGUGUUAUCGCCAUCUUUAUUUCCCCCCUUUUCUAUCCACGCCAUCUCGUUCUGUUCCACAUGAAUUCUAAGCGAUUUGUAUAUUGUCCUUUCACUCUGUCCCACACACAUUACAUCUCUCCCUCUCAUUCUGGGCUUUCUUUAUUUACAUAAUGGGCGGCUUAGACUGCCGCAAUGACUGUGUGCAGGGAGAAGUGGAUAACUUGUAUUUAUAUUCCUAUCUGGGUCGCAUUCAAUGAGGCAAAAUAUUCACCGGCUUUGUUGGGGGCUGCUGUAUUUCAUGUAUUCAUUUUCCAUGUCCCGCCGAAUGUUCUUACGCCAUGUAGCGGAUUAUUCCGUGUUCGGCGCUCUGAUUGGACAGAAAGACACAGUCCAAGAUAUAUUUCAAGAGAGGAUGUGAAAACAUUCAAAAUUAAAUCCUAAACUCUCAAGCCUUUGUUUCUUGUCCACUGCAGAAGUACAGGUAGUGGUACAUGUCUGGUUAAAAUAAGUGACCCAUCUGUUGACGGGGCGCAGAUGCUUCACUUUUCCGGAAGAUAAUAGUGCCGGGGAAUUUCUUGAACGUGCAAAUAUGCAUUGGAAAAGGUUACAUAUUUUCAUGAUUUUUGUUUGAUUUUGUUUUAUUAAGGUACUCCUCUGAACUGUUGGUAGAAUGGAUUUUUUCCAACAUAUUUGUUAAGACAUAACAAGAAUUGGAAACUGACACUGAGCUCAUAUAUUGUUGGAACAUUUUUGCCUUAUUGAUUCAAAGGUUUUUCCUGCUCAUAUUUUUAUUGUUAGACAUCCAAAUGGUCUUUUGUGUGUAUGUGUGUGUUUUUUUUAAUUAAGUCUUGAAUCACUUGUCUUUAUUAUGCCAAACUGCUUGCGAUGGCACACUUGGAAGAUCUGGGCAGGGAAAUCUUACAGCUCAGACAGACGUCUUUUGAGAUGCAACGACAGCCAACAAGGACACAGUUAAAGCGUAAUAGAGGAGUGGUGCCUAGAUGCUUCAGCAGCUGAACUGAGCACAUCUUCUGCUUUUCAAGCUCCCUAUGCUACAUCACAAACACGCACUGAAUUACUAUAGAUGUGCUGUGUUUGAUUGGGUGGUGUUUGUUUUGCAGCUGAGAGUACAGUCAGUAAAUCCAGAAAUGAAAAAAAGUUUGGUAUUAACAGUCAUUUACACUAUAGAGUAUUUUAGAAAUAUUUAUGAAAAAAAGGGAAUCUUUAAGGAAUGUGAUUAUAGUUAAUCACGGAGCAGUCAGUACAUUUAGAGCGCGGACCGUUUAUAGAAAGUUAUUUUUCAAAUUUACAUUGUAAAUCUAUCGUAUUUCAUUAUGAUUAUUUUUUAUGUCUAAGUGCUUUGUAAGAGUAUUUUGUCAUGAAUAACGAAGACAUUAUUGCCCAACAUGGAAUAUCUGUGGGUUGUAGAUCUGAACAUGGACUUGUUUGUGAAAUGAAAGCAGAGAUAUUUAAAAGUCAAAACCUUAUUGAUUUUUUUUGGUGUGUGCGUGUGCGUGUGUUUUUAAGAAGACUGUAUCAGCUCUACUCCCACCCAAGUCCUGAGCAGGUCCCUUGUUGUUGAUUGUUGUUGAACAUUAUGCGCUGUGCAAUCUGUUGUUCUGUAAUUGAGACAGUCCUAUCUGCUAUGUUACAAAGCAUUUCAGUGCAGACAUUUCAUGAAGCCUCACAGUGUGUUUUGACAAGUUGCCAAUUAAUCUCAGAAGCAGCCAUAGUGUUCUUUUGGUUGUCACAUGUACUACAUGUAGUAGGACUUGUUUAUUGUAUCCCUGGAGAGAAGUUUGGGUUUAAGUAUUUAAGUGUAUUUUCUACUCCGUCGGGUGCAUGCAUGCUCCAAGGUCCUUACUUUUAAACUCUGGAACUCCAAAAUAUGAAAAAGUCAUUUUCUGAUUGUCAUGCUUCAGAUACACUGUAUCGUCUAAUGUAUCUUAUUCAGUACUUAGAGAUAUUUUUUUAAUGCAUUUCUGUAUUUUCCAAGUGAAAAUAAGCCCCUCCUCCUCCUUUUUUACUGUAUAAUGUGUUAAUGAUUUUCACCCUGAAAAUGAAACUUUUUUGGAGGCACCCGCUUUCAUCCCCCUCCAGCAUAUUUACCCUCAAUUUGGCCAAUGCAUGCCUCGACGCAUCUUUUCUCUUAGGGGUUCUCACAGCGCCAUAAUUUUAAACAGUUGACUGUGAUCACAACUUUGCGCCUAAUUAGUCCCGGAGUCUUGUACCAUGGAUGCACCCUUAGUGAGAAAACUCAUCAUCAUUCAUAACUUUUGUUUUUGCACAACCCAUUUUCAAUAAAAGAAAAUCUUUCUGAGAUAAUUCCCUGUGGAAAAACUGGUAAUUAAUUAAGCAGAGCUGUCUUAUUAGACUAUAAAUAUCAGACUCUCACAACUCUUUUAGGGUUUUCUUAGAACUCAGCACAUUUCACAGCACAAUGUAGUGCAGUGCACCUGCUCUGGAUAUUUAGCCUCUUUAACAGACGGGCCACAGGACCCACAGGUUUUGCCAUUUUAAGGAGCAGUACGCUCUAUGUGUUACAACAGUGUCCUUUAAGUUCAUACUUUUGCACAUUGUUACAUCUGCUUACACAGCAUGUAAUACUUUUGCUUGCCAUGCAGCACAAUGCCCCAUUUAAAGCUGGCAUUAAUGUGGGAUUUGUAUUUGGAUAAUGGCUUUCAAUCCACAGACCUCUGGAUUUAGACCUUUUAUUUAAACAUAUUCUAACGGUUUUGAUUCUAACAGCAUGUGCAUGCAAAGAAGUGAGGAAAAUGUGACUAAAAUGACACUUUUGUAAACUGUUACUGAUCAAGGGACAUUGUGCAUUAGAAAGACAUUUAUUUAUACAGUAAUCACUUUUUGUGCAGACUUAUUAACCAAACCUAAGCUUGCAGGAAGAGGCAAGAUUACAUCCUUAGGUAACAUGCUUAAUUACUUUCCUCACCUCCUCUCUUCAUACCUUAGACACCUUAGAUGCAAGCAAAGAAGACAAGGAAGAGACCAGAGGAGAGACGAGUUGAGGCAUUUGGCAUAUAUUGAAACUGGACAAACUAGCUUCAUUUUAAAAGUUUAUAUCAGUUAAAUAAGACAACUUACAAAAACAAAAGAAACAUGGUUUGUGUUUUCCAGCUCCAUGUUGCACCUGUUUUUAUACAUCACAGUUAAAAAGACUUUCACAAAAGAUACACCCGUGCAUCUUAUCUGGCAUCUUCUCCUGUAAGCCUUCUCGCUUCUUAAGAUUCAUUUCUGGAACCUGCACAAUACACAGGCAGGGGGGGAAAAAAAGGCAGGCGAACAGGAACAAAAUGAAGAAAUGAGAAAAGACCACUGCAUUUUCACCUGGAAGAUUUGCAAUUGCAGUUCAAGUCAGACAACCUCCAAAAAUGUCAGUUCUAAUAAUGCAUUCUGUUUGAUUUCGCACCUUCCAAUACUAGGUGCUUUUCCAUCAUCCAGAAACACAUCAAAAUUUUAUACAGGAUGCAAAAAGUUUUGUAGCGUCCCUCAAGAACAUCUGCUUAUAGAAACUUAACAAGAAGAAGAAAAAAAAUCACACAUCGAAAUUCUGUUUUCAGAUUUACUGUAUAUGAUUUAAAAAUAUGCUAAUAUGACUUUUUUAUAUUAAGUGAAUCGGACUACUCUUGGCCUUUCCGGUGAGUUGGAAAUGGGGCCAUGCUUGUUACAAAUGUCCUCUUCUGAGCUUUUGUUUGCCACCCUGACUCACAUGGUGCGUGCUCUGGGAGGUUGUGGUCCUGAAUGCAACCCCUGUAAAGUCUCGUCCUUGCUGCUGUGUGUGCGGCACACAAGCUAAGCAAAGCACACUGUAACAGGUCACUUGGCUCUGUCGGAGGGAAAGAGACUGGAAUGAAGGGAGGGGAGGAUCGAGAAUGAGGGUGGUAGCUCAAUGCUCCGCCUGGGGAAUGCCAAAUAGGCCUGGAGUGAGGAGAGAGCAAGGAGGACUUUUUCUUCUCAGAUCAGAGAAACUGAGAGUCAGAAAAGACGAGACAGAACAGCAACUGAAACCUCAGCUCCUGCAGAGAGGAUGAGAAGACAUCUCCAGGUUUUUUUUGUAAACCACCUGAGACCAGAAACAUUUGAAACACUGUCAUUUAUUCACCAUCAAGCCUGGAGUUAGAGAUGGGCAGAUUUGUUGGUUGUGGAGCCCAAUUGGUUGGCUGCAGCACAAAGAUGGCAAUGUGUGUGAAAGGAAUAAGAGAUUGGCAAGAUGGAAUUUACAGCUCUGACAAUGAAAGCUUGAGGUGCGUAGGAAGUCUCUAAGGAGUCUUUCUGAGUACUAUGCCACCUCUCCACUUGGCGAUUGGCAGCUUCCACCCAACAACAACUGACAGUCCUUUUCAACCCGGCCAAUUAGUGAAAAAAGCCUGUCCUGUUUAGCUUUUCUCAGCGCGGUCUAUCUGCGACAGAUCUUUUUAAUUGUAAAGAAAUGUUCAGCAGUCCUCCAGAGACCCUUGUGCAGGGGCGGAAUUGUAUAUAUUCUCCUUUUUCAUAUUCCAUCUCUCUUUGCUUCUGCUUUAGCACCCAGUACAAGCUGUUCCUGGCAUGUUUAAUUCAGUAGAAGGCAUAAAAGUGUUCUGCAUUAUCUUUCUCUGCUUUGGUUUAAAGGAAGAGGAAGACGGCAAGACAGAAAGAGAAGGAGAGGGAAGGGGAUAGAGGGGAAGAGAGUAAAGCGAGAAGAAGAAGAGGCCUAUUAGUUAUUGAGCUUGGCUUUUCUUGUUAAUCCAGUUAAAGCCGAGCCUCUGCCGGGCCAGCUGAGACUCCGGCAGAUGUGGAUAAAGUUUCUUCCUCCCAACACUGGUUAGAGGAGAUCUCAUUGUGCUCUGUAACCAAUUUACUUAACGCAGCACUGUCCUGCUUUCCUGCUUCUCCGGAUACCUUCCUCUUCUCCCACAGUGCUGCUCUUGCAGUGUUCUGUGCUAUACUUAGGGAUGUAAUUCGUCAUGGCUUUUUUUUUCAUCCAGGUUAUUUCAGGUUCUGGAGAUGUGCACUCAUAUGAAUGGCUAUUCAUUUCAAAUGAAAGCUUUUUCACUUGUGUUUUUGCAUGCGGGAAAUCUUCAAUAGAUUGAGAUGAAUCACUUCACGUAUUUCUCUCAUUUUUUCACACACACACAGCCCCGCAAGAUGAGUUGAAGUGCUCAUUCAAGAAACUCUGCAUUUUUCCUUUUGUAUCCAUGUUGUUUUUUGUGGUCUCUAACUAGUUUUGAUAGUGACUCGACUCAACACAAUCUCAAACACACAUAUAUUUAGAUACAUUGUUUAGAGUUUGCUGAACUUUUCCACAAUAUUUUGGGCACCUCUUGACCUCAGCAAAAAUAACUCCAAUUCAGAAUCGCUGCUGUAUAAGAUAUCUUUGCACAUGUUCUUCUGCACAUCAUCUGCUGCAGAUUAAUUUUAAACAUUUGGCUUAAUUGGUAAAGCUUUUUUUUCACUGCUUAUUCAUUUCCUAACAUUCCUGUUUGCUAAUGUUUUUGUUGAAAAUAUUGGGAGAAUCAAAAGAGUACAUUUGCAAGCCAUUAAACCAAACCAGUGAUCUGAAAAAUGUUAAAAACAGGAGUUGUUCAGCUACACUCCUGAGUUACACACUUACUUUCCACAGUUAAAAAUGGUUUGGGCCUUUUUUCUUGUCUGUUUUCUUGUCUCAUCAGAGUUAAUAGCAGAACUAGUACUUUAACUGUCAAGUUUCCUUGACAGUGGACAAAUGUUUUUUUGUCCUUGUCUCUCCUCAAGACAUCAUGGCUUCACAAAGCUCUUCAGCUUAAGUACUGCUCUGCAUUCCUUCUUCUCAUCAGGGUAAAGAGUUAUCUUCUAUUCAAUGAUUUUCAA